CAUUUUGCAAGAAUCACAAUUUUGACUUUUGCUCCCAAAUUGUGAAAUAUCAAUACUUUCGCUGAUCUUUCCUCGUGCUGAUCUUUCCUAGUGCUGAUCUUUCCCGUGCUGAAAAUUCCGUGCUGAAAUUUCCGUGCUGAAAUUUCCUCGUGCUGAACUUUCCGUUUCCCAUUUUUUCAACGUCUGAUGUACUCAUUUAUUUUUCUACACGUAAUACUGUUUCGGUAAUAUAGUGAAAAUUAAAAAAAUCACAAUUUAUAACGUAGUUUUCUGAUAGAUCAAAAUUAUACCUUGAGAAAAUGAUUAUAUUUUGUUGCUAACAACAAAUAAAAAUUACUUUUAUCUAUUGUUAUAGCUUUUCGUUAUUUGUAAAGAAAUAUACUUACAAUGGAGUAUAUUCUACGCUCGAAUAAAAAAAUGUAUUUUUUUUUUGUUAUAACAUAUAAUAUUACGUUUACCAUAUUACAAAUAUAUCUUUAGAUUAUUUACAUGUUAUUAUACUUACUUAUGAAAUAUGUUGAAUAUUAAAGUGAUACUUAGCAUAUGUCUUUUGAUCUCGGGUAUUAGAUCACAAAAUGCUGGUGGAGCAAAUGGUACAGUUUCAGGAACGGGAAACUCGCCAACGUCUGGAGUAACGGAUAAAACAAUAACACUGGAAGAGAUUGAAAGUGGUAUCAACGAUGACACAGCACUUAACAUUACAUGGUCUUAUCCUAAUAAUAUUCUCUACGAGCUAUUAACAUUGACAUUCUCCGUGUACGAGUUUAUCAAUGGCACGCAGUUGGUAACAGAUACCGUAAAAACAUUUUCAUUCAACAUAACGUCCAGCAAUACAACAGUGAAAAAUGUCGCUGUAUCGGGCUUCCAACCAGGUAGAUACGUGAUUGCAUGUGUUCAAGCUCAGCAGUAUUAUCAAGGAGCGGUGGCAGCGCAAACAAACCAAUGCGGACUGGGUCAAACCACAGUAAAUGGCACUAGUUUACCGCAAUUGAAUUUGACCACAUCAUUUAGCAACAUAAGCGCAAAUCAAAUCGAUCUGAUACUCUUCUGGCCUUUACAAUUACCUUACGAUAAUGUGUCGAUGAAUGCCACAAUUAAUGGUAUGAUCUAUUCGAACUAUACAACAGUAUCAAACCAAACUUACAUGAUUACCACCUAUUAUUUUCUGAAUCUGUCACCAAACACCGAAUAUAACGUAUGUUCAUCUGUUAACUACUCAAACAACCAUGUGAGUGAUAGUGUUCCUGGCUUAAUGGCUUCGUCACAAAACAGUUGUAAUAAAGUCAAAACAACAUCAAAUGCAAUGGGUGGUGUGGGACAUUUGCAAGUUAAUUCAGUAUUAAUUUUCAUAUUUUUCAUUAUAGUUGCAGUAUCUUCAAACACAGUAUUUUUAAUGAUGUGA